AUGACGGCCCACAGUAUGGGCGCCUUUGGCGCCUACAAAUACGCUUACAGUAGAUACUUACAGGAACGAGAGGACAAGGAAAAGGAGCGAAGGGAAUUGGAGGAAGGGCCUGAAACCGUGUGGGUAACAAAGCGAUACAUUCCAACUGACCUUCGUGUUACUGCUCCUGUUCCUCGUCAUAAACUGUUAGCCCCUAAAGACCUUCCACAGGCAGAGACCCAUUGGGUCCCUACCAUUGAACCUCCUCUCAGAAGUUAUGAUAGAGGUCCAGAGGCAGCUAUAUUUAAAUCACAUCCCAGCACUCGAUGUGAGGAGUACUCAACACUGAAGCAAAUGUUGCCAUCCAGUGGAAGUCUGAUCAGAGUGGCCCCUCCCAACUGGGGUACUGCCGGAGGGGUUCCUGUUAUGCACUCAUUGGUACCAUCACGCCGAUACCCCAUGAUCAACAGUCCAAUGACCAAGUAUGUGGAUGAUAUGCAUACAACCAACAAACUGUUCAAACUACAUUGA